AUGAUUUGUUAGCUUGCUAUUCAGGAUGAUUAUGUAAUUUUGAUUCCAUAUAUUGUGUAUGUGGUAUCUUAAUCUACAAACUUGCUAUUAAAAUGCUUACUUUUUGAGAAUGGGUACAAUAGAUAUGAAGAGAAAGUUAUUUCAAAUGAGAAUAUGUGA